GGAUAUCCGAGUCAUCCACCGCAGCCGCCUCCACCUCAGCCCCAACAUGGACCCUAUCCUUCUCAACCAUACGGAUCAUACCCGCCCUAUCCAUACUCCUCGCCCUAUCCACAGCAACCUUAUCCGUACUUGUCGCGAUCGUUCAUGCCAUCACCCUACAACGUUCCACCUCCACCUUAUCCUCCACCGUACGGUGCCCCAUUGUAUCAGGGACAAUCGGCCUACAAUGCGCCACCUCAAACUCAGCAUCCCUCGACGAAAUCUCGAGAUCUUCAGUUCCAGACGCCCACGACAGGUGUAGGUGUGCCUCAGCGUCGGAAACGGGGCAAGUUACCGAUCAGAGCAGAUACGACAAACACAGAAUCUGCGAGUGCGAGUGCAUCAGUUAUCUCUGCGGCAAAUGACGGUGCCGUGCCCGAGGGGAGCCACAGUCGUAGUAGAUCUCAGGGUUCGCGGACAUCAAGUG